AUGGCAAAGAAAGAAGACAUCAAGCGGGCGCCGUCUCCGGUGGUAUCGGUCGAGAAUGGAACUAUACUCAAACAAACGAAUGAAGACGCGAUGCUGCAGGAAAUGGGCUACGAACAGCAGAUGAAAAGAGGCUUUAACUUCUGGUCCAUGACCGCGUUUUGUUUGACUGGCCUUGGUCUUCUCCCUAGUCUUGGAGGCACGAUCUGGUAUAGUUUGGGUUUUCUCGGUCUUCUGCCAAUGACUUGGGGUUGGCUCAUUGCCGUCUUCUUCAUCAUGUUCGAGGUGUUUGCGCUAGCAGAGCUGAGCUCUGCGAUGCCAACUGCUGGUGGCUUGACCUAUCGAACCGCACCUCCGAAGAUGAAAAGAUUCGCCUGUUGGGUGACAGCCUGGUGUAUGGUGCUGUCAGCGUCACUUGCUGGAGGGUCGUUCUUCAUGACCCAAGCGAACAUGAUCCAAGCACUGGUGGUCAUGUAUCAUCCCGAGUUUGCACCGACAGACUGGCAGGUGUAUCUGGUACGUCACCUUGAGCUAUCAGACAGCUAUUGCGCUUGGGCAAUGAUCUUACCUAGUAAGAUUUUGGGCCAGCUCAGCAACAUUUUCGUCUGGUUGGGCACGAUCACAUUCUUCGUGAUCCUCGUGGCUUUGCCUGUAUACGCAAGCAAGAAUGGCCGCACGAACUCAGCAAAGGCGAUGUUCACAUCGUCAUAUAACCAGACUGAAUGGUCCAGCAAAUCACUGGUUUUCCUCAUGACUUUCUUGGUACCACUAUGGUGCAUCAGUGGUUACGACUCCACCGCCCAUCUGGCUGAAGAAACAGAAAACGCUUCCACUGCUGUGCCUCGAGCGAUGUGGAUCUCUUGCGCUGCUGUCGCCGUUCUCGGCUACAUCUUCAAUGUGGUGUUAGCUUACGUCGCGACAGAUAUUGAUGCAAUUUUCGCGUCUCCUCUCGGGCAACCUCUGGGUGCAAUCAUGCAACUAUCGAUGGGAAACGGCACCUUUACGAAAUUUCUAUGGGCGUGUACUGUUGUCUCGAAUUUUGGCGUAGUCUUCGUCAUCAAUACAGCUGGCACCAGGAUAUACUUUGCGUACGCACGAGACGGAGCCUUGCCGAUGUCGAAGUGGUUGAGUCAUGUCAACUCGGUCACAAAGACACCCAUCAAUGCGACCAUCGCGCUUUCGACAGUGUUUGCUUUGAUUGGUCUGAUAUCCUUGGGUUCUUCUACUGCCUUGCAUGCUUUCUUCUCCGGUUCAUCUUUGGCAGGAGCCGUAACGUAUCUGAUGCCUGUCUUGAUGAGGUGA